AAUACAUACAGCUGGUUACACCUGGCGAGGGAUCGAGGCUAUGGUGAUAUUUACCGGAUCCCGGAAAUCAGGAGUCCUUUUUGUUCCGGUCCUGCUGCCGCGAUGGCUGCGGUCUUUGAUCUGGAUCUGGAAACGGAGGAGAGGGAUGAGGAAAACGAGCUGGAUGAUGACACCGAAGGCAUUGGGAAUUGCGAUGUGCCUGGUUCCCCAUGUACUGAGUAUGACCUGUCCGAUAGCAGAAUUUGCCCAGGUCAAGAGACCCUGUCUCCGCAGUGCUUUCACAUAUUGCGAGUACUUGGACAUGGCAGCUAUGGAAAGGUAUUUCAGGUGAGGAAGGUGAUUGGUUCCAAUUCUGGCAAGAUUUUCGCUAUGAAGGUGUUGCAGAAGGCCAAGCUGAUUUGUCAAGCUAAAGACACUGAGCAUGCAACAGCAGAACGCAACGUCCUGGAAUCUGUCAGACAUCCCUUUAUAGUGGAUCUCAUGUAUGCAUUUCAAACCCAUGGAAAACUCUAUCUCAUUCUGGAGUGUCUCAGUGGUGGAGAACUGUUCCUGCACUUGGAGCGAGAAGGGAUUUUUAUGGAAGAUACAGCUUGCUUCUACUUAGCAGAGAUUGCUUUGGCUCUUGGACACCUGCAUUCUUUGGGGAUCAUCUACAGGGAUCUGAAGCCAGAAAAUGUCAUGCUUAGUGCACAUGGUCACAUUAAGCUCACCGACUUUGGAAUGUGCAAGGAGUCCAUUCAUGGAGACAGUGUGACACACACAUUCUGUGGAACUGUGGAAUAUAUGGCACCUGAAAUCGUGGCACACAAAGGACACAACCGAGCAGUAGACUGGUGGAGUCUGGGGAUUCUAUUAUAUGAUAUGCUAACCGGCUCACCUCCCUUUACUGGAAAUAACAGGAAGAAAAUCAUCGACAAGAUUCUGAAGGGCAAACCAGUCUUCCCUCCAUACCUGACACCCGAUGCCUGUGAUCUCCUGAAGAAGUUGCUUAAGAAGAAUCCUACUCAGAGACUCGGAUCAGGACCUUCUGAUGUGGCAGAUAUUCAGAAGCACCGUUUUUUCAGACAGAUUCAAUGGGAUGACCUGCUGCAUUGUAGAAUUGAGCCACCAUACAAACCCCACCUGCUAUCUGAGGAUGAUGCCAGCCACUUUGGUGCCCAUUUUACCCGACUGACACCUAUUGACAGUCCUGAUGCUGUUAUCAGUGAGAGUGCAAACCAAGCCUUCUUGGGUUUCACUUACAUCGCCCCUUCAGUUUUGGAAAGUCUUCGUGAGGUCUUCAGCUUCCAAUCAUGGCAUCAGUCUCAUGAUCUUCCAUCUCAGAGCCCUGGAAGUGUUUCUCAAGUUUCUCAGAAUCAGUCGAAGCCCAUUGAGUCCUCCCAGCCACUUCCUAUUUCCUCCAGAGGUCGCAAGGAUAAAGGAAGGCGAGCCGUAUAG